ACAUUUUCCCUCCACACAUUCAACCCUUUGCCUUAUCUCCAAAUAUCCCUCCCAAAUCCCAAUCUUUUUUUCUUCACAUACUGCCCAGAAACUCCUGUUUUCUUCACCAACUCUGAGUACUAUGCUCUGUUUCACCUGAAUUUAAGGAUACAAAUAUACGAUUUUGAGAUCAUGGCCUCCAAAUUAGGGGUGGGUGCUUUAACUACCCCCAGGAUUUUUACUGCUCCCAUCCGGAAAGCGACAGUUACAGUGUCUCCAUCAUCUCAAAUAAGUGUGUCUUUGAAGGAUGCUUCUGCUCAUUUCAUGGGUUUUCGUCGUCUUACUAUUAGGAGAAAGUUGUUCCAUCUUCCCCCUUUUGCUGCCACCGAUAACCAAGGUCAAGUUGAUCAAGCAGAAGAAAUGGUUGACAAUAAUGUGUUGCAAUAUUGUAGUAUUGACAAGAAGGAAAAGAAGUCCAUAGGGGAGCUUGAGCAAGAUUUCCUACAAGCACUACAAGCAUUCUACUAUGAGGGAAAGGCGAUCAUGUCAAACGAGGAAUUCGACAAUCUCAAGGAAGAGUUAAUGUGGGAAGGAAGCAGUGUAGUAAUGCUAAGUGCUGAUGAGCAGAGGUUUCUAGAGGCUUCCAUGGCUUAUGUCGCUGGAAACCCAAUCUUGUCUGAUAAAGAGUUUGAUGAACUAAAGCUUAAACUCAAGAUAGAAGGUAGUAUCAUCGUUGUCGAGGGUCCUCGAUGCAGUCUUAGGAGUAGAAAGGUUUACAGUGACCUCAGUGUUGACUACUUCAAAAUGUUCCUGCUGAAUGUUCCUGCUGCUGUCGUUGCCCUUGGACUGUUUUUUUUCUUGGAUGAUUUGACUGGAUUUGAGAUCACCUACCUGUUGGAGCUUCCAGAGCCUUUCAGUUUCAUUUUCACAUGGUUUGCUGCAUUGCCCGCAAUACUAUGGUUAUCACAGGCCAUUACAAAAUUGAUUGUGAACGAUUUCCUUAUAUUGAAGGGCCCUUGUCCUAACUGUGGUACCGAGAACCUCUCCUUCUUUGGAACCAUUCUAUCGGUUUCCAGCGGGGGCACCACGAAUACUGUGAAAUGCUCAAACUGUGGAACGCAACUAGAGUACGAUUCCAAAAAGCGCAUGAUGACAGUACCGGAUGGAAGCCAAGCUUAAGGCGAGAAUUUGUGCAAGAUGCUGAAGUGCAUGAUGAAUUAGUACAACAUAUACGAAGAACUGUUAAUUCCGAUGUAGAUGGAAGUGGUUGAACAUUUAGAGCUGCAGGUUAUUUUAAAAUGUUUGUAGUCUGAAAAUCUGCGGUUUACCCAUUAAAUACUUUAAUCUAUGUAUAUUCUAGAAACUUCCUGCAUAGUAGGGGCAGAGUGUGAAGUGAAUUUUGUAAUUUUUACACAGGCUCUUGAACCAUUGGAGUGAAACAUACAACUUCAUCACCAUAUCGUUAUGUAAAUUAUUUCAUCUAUAUUGUACAUGAAUGGUUACACAA